CUCUCCCCUCCUAGUCUUCCAGUUUCCCGGCGUGCUUCGGGCCCGCCAAAUGGGAGGGGGAGACGCAAGAUGGCGGCAGCCGCGAACUCCGGCUCUAGCCUCCCGCUGUUCGACUGCCCGACCUGGGCAGGUAAGCCUCCACCCGGUUUACAUCUGGAUGUAGUCAAAGGAGACAAACUAAUUGAGAAACUGAUUAUUGAUGAGAAGAAGUAUUACUUAUUUGGGAGAAACCCUGAUCUGUGUGACUUUACCAUUGACCACCAGUCUUGCUCUCGGGUCCACGCUGCCUUGGUCUACCACAAGCAUCUGAAGAGAGUGUUCCUAAUAGAUCUCAACAGUACACACGGCACUUUCUUGGGUCACAUUCGAUUGGAACCUCACAAGCCUCAGCAAAUUCCCAUCGAUUCCACAGUGUCAUUUGGUGCGUCCACAAGGGCAUACACUCUACGUGAGAAGCCUCAGACCUUGCCAUCGGCCGUGAAAGGAGAUGAGAAGAUGGGUGGAGAGGAUGAUGAACUCAAGGGCUUGCUGGGGCUUCCAGAGGAGGAGACCGAGCUUGAUAACCUGACAGAGUUCAACACUGCCCACAACAAGCGGAUUUCUACUCUCACCAUUGAGGAAGGGAAUCUGGAUAUUCAGAGGCCAAAGAGGAAAAGGAAGAACUCACGGGUGACUUUCAGUGAGGAUGAUGAGAUCAUCAACCCAGAGGAUGUGGAUCCCUCAGUUGGUCGCUUCCGGAACAUGGUACAAACUGCUGUGGUCCCGGUCAAGAAGAAGCGGAUGGAAGGCCCUGGCUCCCUGGGCUUAGAGGAAUCAGGAAGCAGGCGCCUGCAGAACUUUGCGUUCAGCGGAGGACUCUACGGGGGCUUGCCCCCCACACACAGUGAAGCAGGCUCCCAGCCACAUGGCAUCCACGGGACAGCGCUCAUUGGUGGCUUACCCAUGCCAUAUCCAAACCUCGCCCCUGAUGUGGACUUGACUCCUGUCGUGCCGUCAGCAGUGAACAUGAACCCUGCACCGAACCCUGCAGUCUAUAAUCCUGAAGCUGUAAAUGAACCCAAGAAGAAGAAAUAUGCAAAAGAGGCUUGGCCGGGCAAGAAGCCCACACCUUCCUUACUGAUUUGAUAUUUUUGGUCAUGGAGAAGGGUGGGGUUGGGUGGGAAGGGGGUGGAAGGGGAGACGAGGGAGCUAAUGAACUAGGGAAAACAAACUUUCCAUGUGUGCAGUAUUGUCUUUCAGAAUGUCUCCUGGGGUCCUAACCAUGUAAUAUUAAAACUGGGGGUAGGGUUGAAAUAUCCCAUAAAGACCUGUCUUCAGAACACUUUUCAUGUAGAAAAUGGUUCAUAUAUAUACUUUGAAUAGACUGCCCUGGCUCUUUCCCAGACCUUCCAUUACCUCCUUUUUCCUUUCUCCUUCUUUCUAGGAUCAUUUUUAUUUAAAGUCACAUAUCCCUGGGGAGAGGCUCCAGGUCCUCAGGUUGAGUCCAGAGCUGUGGGGGUUACAGUAGCAUCACCAGGCUUGUGGAUCCAGCAGCCUCAUUUAUAUUUACUGUUCUUGCAAAUCUGAGGUAGCAAAAGGUUGCCAUGGAUCUCAGGUUGAUCAGAAAGAGGAUUUAGAAUUCUUCAGUUAAUUCAGAAAUGCUUUCCUGAAGUCAGUGGUUUUGAGGUCCAGUAGUUCGGCCUUUCUCUUCUUUCCUUUCUAUCGGAUAAGAACAUUUUGAUUUCUCUUUGUCUGUAACCAGUGCCAUAGACACAGGUUGAUAGUUUUAAACUUGUAGUAUUGUUUGAACUUUACCUGUUUUUCUUGUUAAACCUGAGCACUCCAUUUGCCAAAGUUUCCCGUUUGAUUUCAGAGUACUGUCCUCUACUCUCUAAGGCAUUACUUUCCUUUCCAAGUGUGUUAUGAAGGCAAUUUUUUAAAGGAUAUGAUCAGUUAGGGCAAUGCAAAUUAAAAAGGAAAAGAUUUCACUUUGCAAGUAACUGAUGUCUCUAGGAGGAUGUUUUUAGGUUGUGGUUUGGAGGCUCUUUUCCCCCCUUGAUGGAGAGCUCUCUUUAUUCAGAGCUCCAGGACUAGACCUGGGUAACAAACGUAGGAGACAAAGGUAGGAAACGUUGGUAGGAGCUUUGUACAGAGAUUUGUACAUUUGUGUAAUAGGCCUUUCCACGCUGUGUGUGUAGCUUUUUACCUGUAACCUUUAUUACGUUGUAAAUUAAAUGUAACUUUUGU